CUUCCUGCUUCAUUAGAACUAUACAACUAGUUACUAUAUUGCAAACAAGUUGCGGAAGAGAGGAAAGACGCGAGACCUUGGAUCUUCUGUCACAAACUACACAAAUGGAUAAACUGCUCACAAUGUUACACAACAUUUCUUUAAAAUUAGAUGGCAAAGAACUAGAUAGUUUGAAGUUUCUUUGUCAAAAUUAUAUUGAAAAAAAAAAACGAGAAAGUAUAAGUAGCACCAACGAACUUUUUUUAUGUCUAAUAGAACAAAUGCAAAUCACAGAAGAAAAUCUAGGAUAUCUUAAGACUUUAUUAAAAGACAUUAAAAGGGAAGAUCUGGUACAAGUUAUUCAGGAAUUUGAAAGUAACCGGCUGGAAGUUGAUGCUGAGCCCCAAUUGCUGGAAAGAGAUCAACUUGGCCAGGCAUUUGAAGUCAUUUGUGAUAACGUUGGCAUGAACUGGAAGAUGCUAAUCCGUACCUUAGGGGUCAGAGAGGUUAUUAUGGAGCAUGCUAUGGUUGCAAAUCCUUACAACAUGUAUGAACAGAAGAUGUAUUGUCUAAAAGAAUGGAAGAAAAACAAAGGAAAAGAUGCACAAGUAUCGAACUUGCUCCAAGCUUUGAAAAAAUGUAGAAUGGUUUUAGUGGCAGAAAAAAUAAUGGAAGAACUCCAAAUCAAUGGGGAUUCAUUCUGAACGGAAAAAAAUCAAGAAAUGGGCUGAUUAACAAAAUGGGGUUUUGGAAAGAAUCAAAACUCACACAGUUUAGCAAAAUGUUUGCAAAAUAUGUAGAGAAUCAUGUUGUAUUGAGCCAUAUUCAAUGCGGUAAUGUGGCAUCUUCUCACACAUAUAUUAGUACAAAAACCUAUAUUAGGAACUGGAUCUAUAAGGGUAGAAGGAAGGUCUAAAUGAGUAUGGUGAUAUUUGAUUAUUUAACUUAUGCAAGUACUGUAAGCCAUGAGAAAUCUAUUUAACCCCUUUGCUGCUGAACUAUUUAACACCCUCCCUGUGCUGAGGUAAUUUUGAGCUUGUAAAUGUUGCUCAUGAUUUUAACAGACAGUAAACAACUGGAGACUUUUUAUAUAAAAUGUUCAUUUAUGCCUAAUGAAACAACUUUGCAAUAUACUUUCAACAUUUAUUUUGUCCCAUGACUUAAAUUAAGGAUUUUUUUUAAUUCUCAGAACUUGAAAUGUAUCCUGCAGAUUUUUUAAGGCUAACCCUGCUGUAUGUCUUUCCCUAAUUGGAUUUAUCAGAUAACAACGGUAAAACAAUGCAUUAUUAAUAUUGUGACCUUGGAUAGCCUUGUUUUCUGCAGAUGGUGAGUGUGGUUUAGCUAUUGAAAAACAAUUGCAGCAAAGAAGAUGUUAAAUUAUUUUAAAAACAUGUAGGCUUGGUUGAUAUGUUUUUCUAUAGCUACAUGUUUACUGUCCCUUUAAGCACUUCUGAUCCCAAGUUUUAUCAAAGUUCCAACAACUCACAUUUUUUAUUCACCAAAAAACAGGCACAAAGUAGAUCACGUGUUUAUGAAAAACAAUUGCGCCAAAAAAUUGGCUUGAUUUAGGCAAGUAAGAUCACUUGUGGUUUCAACAGAGAUUGUGAUUAGUGUGAAUAUAUAUUUGCACCCUACAAAUAUUUAUCACAUAAUGUGUUGUCUUUUGUUCACAAAAUAAUACAGGUAGAAAACCCUUUAUCCAAACUGCGCGGGGACCGGAAAAGGUUUGUAUUUUGGUAAAUUUGCAUUUGGAAAAUUAGACAGUUUGUAGAGGGGGAUGAAUCAAGUGUAAAAAAUAUUAUCUUCUGUCAUUCACACAAGGGCAUGUGAGAUUUGUUUUAUAUUUUAUCACACGGCCAUAGAUGCUCCCACACAACAUCACAGCACAAUAUAACAGCUGCAUCACCCAUAUGUUUAUUUACAGCUUUGCUUAGAAUGCCAAACUAAACUAGGGAAAAUAGUCAUGUUUGAUCAUUUUAUUUAAAAAAAAUAUUAAUUCAAAAGUUUGGAAUUCCGGAUUUGGGAAUUUGAACCUGUAGUAACAUUUUCUUUGCCUCUGGUUGGAUAAGACAGAUUUAACUCAAUUGCUUUUUACGUUUUGGCUAUGAUUUAUCUGCUCACAUAAGAGGGAAAAAAGGCACCUGCUACUUGUCAGACGAACAGCUAGAAAGAGUGAGGAUGGAGAUUUGUAGGACUUUUAGAUUCAGAACUGGAUUAAAUCUUCUUACAGAGCAUUUUAACUAUUGUUUUAAUUGCAACUUUUUGGUUCAAUAUGAAAUCUUAAAAUGAUAGUAAAUCCCGCUAGGAUUUACCAGUGGAAAAAUAAAGGGGACUUUAAGUCAUGAUGUAGAAAAUAUUUAAUGCUGAAAGUUCCUUUAUUUGUAUGUAGCAUUCGACGAGCUGAGCGUCUCGGGCAACCCACGGCACAAUGCUAUUUUGCUGUGAGGUGAUCUUAGCCAAUAGCUUGCUAACUUUCCUGCAUUAUGCCAGCUGGCCCGCACGGUUAAUGGUUAAGAGGUGGAAACAUAACCUCUCAACAAAAUAACGUCCUGCCGUGGGCGUCCUUAGCAGCUUAGUGCGGCGAAUGCUUCAGACAAAUAUUAAAACUUUCAUCAUGUAGUAUUUUUUUUUACUUCAUGACUGAAAGUCCCCUUUAUUUAUACCACUAGUAAAUCCUAUCGUUUCACAAACACUAGGAUUUACCAUCACUUUAAUUUAAUGCCAAUCCAUACACAGCACACAGGAUUUCAGCUAAACUAUUUGGAAGUUACCGUUUUUUCUGAUGCAAAUAUACACACCAUGAAAUUAUCAAAAUGGCAAUAAAUGAUCAUUUUAAGUUUUUCUCAUUAGAUGUAAUUUUAUAAAUUUCAUGGUGUGUAUAUUAACACCAAAAAGGAGCAUCUAUAACUUCUAAAUACUUUGGGGUACAUUUAUCAAGAAGCGGGUGCUGUUUAUUCUGCGCAAGCCUUCUGGCUCGCCGGAAACAGGAUUUAAGGAGCCACUUAAGACCGCUGCUUCUUAACUCGUCCACCACCUCUGAAGUGGCGAACUGCAAUCAUCCCGAUCCGAUCAAGAUGAUUGACACCCCCUGCUAGCGGCCUAUUGGUUACAAAUGUGCAGGGGGCGGCAAUGCACAAGCAUUUCUUGUGAAAUGCUUGUGCAAUGAUAAAUGCUGACAGCGUAUGCUGUCUGCAUUUAGCGAUGUCGGGCAGGCAUGAUUCUCUAUAGCGGAUCAUGUCCGCCUGACAUUUGAUAAAUUGGCCCCUUUAACUGAAAACCUUUUCUUUUGUGUUCUUUAUCAAUCUGAAUUAAAUUGCACACAAAAAAGAGCAACAAGAAAACAAAAUAAAAAACGCUGUAUUUCUUCUCUGAUUAUUUAACUUAGUUCUGAUCCUAAAAAUUCUAGGAACUCUUCCUUUCUCUGUUCUUCUGUGAUUGGUGGAAACCUUUUUCGCCCUCUUCUGUAGGCCAAAAGGUAAAAAAACAGCUAAAGGAAUAUGCAAUCCAAACAUUUUCUUCUGGGAUUCAGAUAGAGAAUACCAAUUUUGUUUUAAGUUUCCAAUUUACUUCUAUUAUCAAAUUAGCUUUGUUCCCAUGGUAUUCUUUGUUGAAGAGAUACCUAGGUAGGUCCCUGGAGCACUAAAUGGCAGGAAAUAGAGCUCCCAUUUAGUUCUUGCAAAUGGAUAACAGUCUAGCAAAACUGCUACUAUAUAGUGAUCCAGGCACGUGCAGGCUCCUGAGCUUAUUUCCCUGAUUUUCAACAAAAGAUACCAAGAGAACAAAGACAAAUUAAUAGUAGAAGUAAAUUAAAAAGUUGUUUAAAAUGACAUGUUCUACUUGAAUCAUGAAAUAAAAAUGUGGGUUUCAUACCCCUUUAAAUCAGUCUCACCAUCCAACAAGAGCAAUUUAUUUCAACAUUUUUAGGACAAUGUUGAUAAAUGAAAGUAAAGUCAAUUCAACCUUUAUUGCAAGCUUUUUUUCACAAAGAAAAUGUUAUGUUUUUUAGUAGCUGUUAAUCAGUGCACUUCCAUACUGGCCAUUUUUCAGUGAGAAACCCCGCAAAUUAUAUAUUUGUUUCACCAGAACCAGCUGAUUAAAAGUAUACUAUUAUUUUAUGUAUAUACCAACAUUCUAUAACAAAAAGUGUAAAAAAAAAUGCAUGUUUUUAUUACAAUUGUAACAAAUAAUGUGUAAAUAAGUGUGUUAUGUUUGUUUUUAUAAACAUUUGUGGUUCUAUAAUUGUAUUUGGUAAUUAGGCAAGUGCAGUCAGAGGUUUCGGAUGCCUCAGAAUGAGGAUGGCGCCCACUCACGGCAUUCACAUCUUUUCUGAGCCAGACUUCUUGUGAAUGUAAAACACACUAAGAUCUGGAUUUGCACAGAUAUUAGUGUGUUGCACAAGCAGAGGCUCCAAAAAGAUCUGAAACCUCUGAAUGCACAAGCCUAUAGGUAAACUCUCUAAAAUAAGCAGACAUGGAGAAUAAUUCACUGUGUUUUCCUAUAGAAAUAAACAAUUCAAAAUCAAAA